ACCGCACAUUUUGAGUUAGAGUUCGAAGUCUGGCUUUUGUAAUUUUGUUCCAUGCACGCCAUCCCUCGAAAUGUUUGGCUUAAUCUAGACGAGUGGUAGGACCCUAAUUCAACAUGAAUUCUGAAUGUGUUUGUGAUGGUGUGGCAGCCAAUGGUGUAAUGUCAUCAAAUUUGCAGGAGAUUCUACCCAGGGGGUAUGACUACCAUGUUUGCACCAUGGAUGAACGUCCUGGACCCACCUUAGCCUUUACAGGUGUUGUUAGGGUAAACAUAAGUGAUGAAGCUGUUGCUAAGCAGUGGGUGAAGGAAUUUGAGGAAUCCUCGUACUGCACUUGGCGGGUUCUGAGGACCUACAUCAACACUCACAGAUAUGUUCGGUUCAAAAAAUCUUACAAAUGUCAACACAAUAUACGAGCGUCAACAGGCAGCAAUGAAAAUAGGAAAACCCCGAGUAAAGAUACAAAGUGCCCGACCAAAUUCACCAUCACUGUGAAGACUACCAUGACUGCAGAAAACAGGAUCUCCAAAAACAUGACAGACAAACAUCUCCCUCAGUUUCCAACCAUGUUACAAUUUAGGUAUGACCACAAUCACAACAUCCACUGUGCAGCAACUCUGAGACAUCGAGAUGUAUCAAAGGCAACAGAGGAAAAACUGACCACACUGUUCUACGAGAAAUAUGGUCCCACUGCCGCACUCGAGGCCCUCAAGUGUGAACUGAAGUUGGAGUAUGGGGACCAAUACUACAAGGUGGCUGGUGAUCGAUCUAUUUGUCCCGAUGUGCAGUACUGCAGCAGAUUGUAUCGGAAGAAUUUCAAAGCUAUUUAUGGUGUUGCCAGUGGCGAUCAAGAUAUGCUGACCAGUUUGAAAGCAUUUGCAGAUCAGUAUAAUGCAAGAGAUGGGAAGAUAGCAGUGGAGGUUGCCGACAACCAGGUCAUUGUAGCCAUCUGCACACCUUUAAUGCAACGUGUGCAUACAAUGCACACAUCUUCGAGCAAGCUGUGUUUCAUGGAUGCGUCCAGCAAUAUGGAUCGUGAUAACUGCAAAGUGUUCAUGCUACUCACGCACUCGUGUGUUGGCGGGCUACCUCUUGGAGUUCUUAUUACACCAUCAGAAACACAGGCUACAAUUACAGCUGCCCUACAGCUACUGCAGACCAUCUUGCCAGCAGGAUGCUUUGGUGGAAGGGGUGCCGUCGGCCCGCAGAUCUUCAUUACAGAUGACUGUAUGGCUGAGCGACGGGCCUUGAAAGAUCUCUUUCCACAAAGCAAGCAGCUGUUGUGUUCCUUCCACCUUUUAAAGGCCACAUGGAGGUGGCUUUGGAGCAGUCCAAACCAGAUCCCGCUUGCCGAUAGGCCAAACUACCUUGCCCAAAUGAAGAGAAUUAUUUUCGCCUCAACUCCUGAAGAGACUGAUGCCCUUUUUCACUCCAGUAUGUUUGAUCCAACCCUUAACCAGUCUUACAGGGACUAUCUGGCCAGUACUUACUCAAGGAGACAUGAAUGGGCGUGCUCAUAUAGGACAGAUUUGCCACUUCGGGGCAACACCACGAACAAUUAUGGCGAGGCAGCAAUGCGUGUCCUGAAAGACCGGAUCUUGGCAAGGACAAAGGCCGUCAAUGUUGCCCAACUUGCAGACUUGCUUUCUAAUAAUCUGCAGGAUUACUAUGAGAGAAGAAUUCUUGAUGUUGCUAACGGGCGGGUGGAUCAUGUGCUCUCUAGCAGAAGUGCGGUCAAACCCGGUGACAUUACCGAUCAAGACAUCACCAAGAUAUCUGAAAUGGAGUUUGAGGUUGUGAGCCAUAGCGUGGAGUACCACGUUGACACCCAAGUGGGAUGCUGCACGUGCCAUGCAGGCAGGACUGGUGGGUCUUGUAAGCAUCAGGCUGCUGUCAAGCACCACUGUGUCACAUCCAUGAACUUUGUACCCCUGCCGAUCGAUGUUGCCACCAAAAUCCUGUUAUACAGAAUUGCUACAGGUCAUGAUGCUCCUGAGUCAGGCUGGUUUGCUGGACUACAAAGUGAUUCAGCCUAUGAGGAUGCCAUCCAAGAAACCCAAGCAGAAGUUGCAGAACUAUCAGACAUCAUCCAGGACUUCGAGGAAGACUAUAAUCUAGGAGAACCUUCUUCCCCCUCGACCUCCCAUGUGACAGCAUAUUCACGAAUCGAUGAGGUCAAAGAACGGUUUAAGACUGAAUUCUUUGAUAGGGUCAUGGAGAAAAUGGACACUUGCCCAGAAACAUUUGUACCGGCUGUGGAGGCAAUGCUGAAGCAGUGUAAAAGCAUACACGCAGACAGCAAUCUAGCAUCUGGCAUGUUCGCGUUUGCCAAAGACUCAACGAGAGGUGCAUCUGCAAGGAAGCUUGCUGUGAAAAGGUUGAAUCUGGCAGGGACAAGGAAGAUAGGGGUGCAGCCCACUGCUACUGCCAGGAGAAGGCCCAGAAAAGGGGGCAAGCAAAUUGCUGACGUCCUUGCAAGACUUUCAGUAUGUCGAGGAGUGAACGUAUAGUGACCUUGAAAAUCUAUAGUUGAGCGUAGUGCUGCUGCGGUGGAUAAGAAAUGAUACAAAUUGUUUAAACAGUACCAUUUGUUGCGCCUUUCCCAAAAAAUAACACUAAACCAGGAGAAAACAGCAUAUAAAUUGUAAGCCAAAAUUGUUUUGAGCACCCAAAUUGGUCUUAUAGCUUCUCAUACACUGUUUUAUUUUUUUCCACAACAAUUAUUACAUACUGCUUUUCAAAUUUCUUACAGAGAAAAAAAAAAUGUGUGGCUGAGACUCACUAAAAUUUUGCUCAAAAUUAAUAUUUUGGCAGAAAGGAAGGUGUGGAGUGCCAAUUGCUACCCCACCCAUUUUAUAUAUGCCUAGAUUACAUGCACUUCCACCACAUUCGUUUCCCAAUUAAAGUAUGCAUACCCAAAUGUAAUUACCUUGAUCUUUUUACCUAUCAUGUGAUUUAUGAUAAAAGUGCAAAAUUGCUUUCAUUUAAUCCUAGAAAGUGAACCUAUCCUGUGGUAGCAUUGAUUUUAGUUCCAUGAUUUUAAAUUGAAUUGUUUUUAUAUUUUUGACAGCCUUGAUCCCUUUCGAUCGUCAAGAAUUUCAUGAUUCAUAUUGAGUUGCAAUAAAAAUUCAGAUAAAUCAUCA